CGACUCUCGGCGGGGACCUGCGCCACUCGGAGCUGGCGCUGCUCGGAUCCGAGGAGGACAUGAUGAUAGAGGAGGAAGAGGCCGAAGGAGCCGAGGAAGAGGAGGAAGAGGAGGACCGGGUUAGCAAGAGGUCCAGCUUUCUGUGUAACAUGGAUGAUGAGGAGACCGUUUCGCUCACUGACAGGCGUCCUCAGUCCGGAUACGAAAAUGUUUACAACGAGUGUGGCUGCUGCGAGAGAGUGGUCAUCAACGUGUCGGGGCUGAAGUUUGAAACUCAGCUCAAGACUCUCGCUCAGUUCCCGGACACGCUCCUGGGAGACCCUGACAGGCGAAUCAGGUACUUCGACCCGCUGAGGAACGAAUACUUCUUCGACCGCAACCGACCGAGCUUUGACGCCAUUCUUUACUAUUACCAGUCAGGGGGGCGUUUGAAAAGACCCGCAAACGUCCCAUUUGACAUUUUCUCCGAGGAGGUGAAGUUUUAUGAGCUCGGGGAAGAGGCAAUACUCAAGUUUCGGGAGGAUGAGGGUUUUGUGAAAGAAGAGGAAAAACCUCUGCCAGAGGACGAGUUCAAGCGCCAAAUUUGGCUGUUGUUUGAGUAUCCGGAGAGCUCGAGCCCUGCCAGGGGGAUAGCGGUGGUGUCCGUGCUGGUUAUAGUAAUUUCUAUUGUCAUUUUCUGCAUGGAGACGCUGCCGGAGUUUAGGGAUGAAAAAGAGUAUCUACAGCCACGACUCAACUCCACUCAACCUGAUCACGGAUUUACUCCUUUCAACGACCCGUUUUUCAUCGUGGAAACGGUUUGCAUCAUCUGGUUUUCCUUUGAGAUUACAGUGCGCUUCUUUGCGUGUCCGAGCAAACCGGUUUUCUUUAAAAACAUUAUGAACACAAUAGACAUUGUAUCCAUUUUGCCUUAUUUCAUAACUCUCGGCACGGACCUGGCGCAGCACCAAGAAAACGGGCAGCAGGCGAUGAGCUUUGCCAUCCUGAGAAUAAUCCGUCUGGUCCGGGUGUUCCGCAUCUUCAAGCUGUCCCGGCACUCUAAGGGGCUGCAGAUACUGGGCCACACUCUGCGAGCCAGCAUGAGGGAGCUGGCCCUCCUCAUUUUCUUCCUGGUCAUCGGUGUCAUCCUGUUCUCCAGCGCGGUGUACUUCGCAGAGGCGGACGAGCCCUCCUCGCAGUUCACGAGCAUCCCCGACGCGUUCUGGUGGGCCGUGGUGACCAUGACCACGGUGGGCUACGGGGACAUGAAGCCCAUCACUGUCGGUGGGAAGAUAGUUGGCUCCCUCUGUGCAAUAGCUGGCGUGUUAACCAUCGCGCUCCCGGUGCCGGUCAUAGUGUCCAACUUCAACUACUUUUACCACAGGGAGACGGAUAACGAGGACCAGGCGCCGGUGGUGGAGAGCUUGCCCCCGGGCUGCCCGUAUUUCCCGGACUUGUUAAGGAAGUGUAAAGGCUCGCCUUCUGGCUCCACGCUGGGGGACAAAGCGGAAUAUAUGGAGAUGGAGGAGGGGGUCACGGAGUCUCUUUGCGGGUUGGACAAGAGCCCAAGUAAAGGAAACGGCACAGACAUAGGCAGGAGAAACAGUACUAACUCAAAAUCCAUACAGACUGACGUGUGA